UCGUAGCUUUUAACGAUAAUUUUACAAAUAACGUAACGUGAAAUAUAUGUAACGUUGUUGUCACUACACUUUACACAUAUAUUGUUGUAUUUCGUUACCAAAAGUCCGAAAUGCGGGAGUUUGAGCGGCUUAGCGGUGACUUAGCGUAGAGCUAACACUGGCUUAGCUGUAACUCCGUAGCUUAACGUUGCUAAUGUUGUUUCUCCUGAGACGCAGCGCCAAAGGUGACAAGUUUGAGUUGUUGGCUGACUUUGAGGAGGCAGCGGGUUGAUCACGGCCACACGCGCACACUUCACACACUGACCUGAAGACCCGUGGUGUCUGUGGGGAGAGGGUCAAACACCUGGAGGAGAAAAGAAACGCACACUGAGGACUCAAAAGGGGCGGAAAGCUUUUUUGCUUUGGACUAGAUAACCCCUUGUAAGAUUUGUGAUUUCAGGAUCCAGUUUUUUUUCUCCUGUAGACCGACACACAUCCACACAGUGGAAAUAAACGGAGAGCAUUACAGACUACAUGAUUUUGGGGGGAAACUUGUACAAAGUUGGACAUCCUUGUUUUCAAGGACCGGGAUAUUGAGCAACUUCUACGGACUCAAAGUGGAAACAGGAAGUAUUGUUCAGUUUAGAAACAGAAGUUUAAGUAUUGAACAAAGAUUAUAUUGAAGAAACCCCAAGUUCAGAUUGCCUUAGUUGUUCUAUUUCAGGACUUGAACCGCUUUGAUACUUGUUCACAUAUAAUUUUUCUAUAUUGUGGGCAAGUAUAUUCAUGCAUAUGAAUGCAAAUUUCUCUUCAUUUUGAAGAGCUCUUGUAUAAAAACUUUUUUGUUGUUGUUCUUGUACGUCAGUCACUCUGUUGUUGAAGGGGACCGAACUGCACGUACAUGUGUAUAUGUAAAUACUAUGAAUUGACUUCUGUUGUGAAAGUUUUGGACUUAAGAAGAGAAUAUUGUUUGUUAAUGAUUUAUUAAGCUUUUUUACUUUUGAAGAGAAUUUUUAAAAAGUAAAACCUAAGAGGCAAAAAUCUAAUACCUUGAGGAAGAAGAAAAAAAACAAAAGCAAGGAAAACAGGAAAAAUGGCAACCGCCAGAACAGAAAACGUUGGCCCAGUCGUCAUGGGACUGAACAAGCAGAACGGGCAGCUCAGAGGACAGACUAAACCAGCUUCAGUCCAGCCAGCACCCACAACUCACGUAAAGACUUUGGGUGCACCCCAGAUCGCAGGUGGAGCCUCCCAGGACGGAGGAGGCAUCAAGUUUGGAGAUGAUUGGAAAAAGAGCCUAAAGCUCCCUCCCAAAGACACCAGGGUCAAAACUUCAGAUGUGACGUCCACUAAGGGGAAUGAAUUCGAAGAUUACUGUCUCAAAAGAGAACUCCUGAUGGGCAUCUUUGAGAUGGGUUGGGAGAAACCUUCCCCUAUCCAGGAGGAGAGCAUUCCCAUCGCCCUGUCUGGACGGGAUAUUCUGGCUCGGGCUAAGAACGGAACAGGGAAAAGUGGAGCCUAUCUCAUCCCACUGCUGGAGAGAAUAGACCUGAAAAAGGACCACAUACAGGCACUUGUCAUGGUGCCAACCCGUGAGCUGGCACUGCAGGUGAGCCAGAUCUCGAUCCAGAUCAGCAAACAUCUCGGAGGAGUUAAAGUCAUGGCCACCACCGGGGGCACCAACCUGCGAGAUGACAUCAUGCGCCUGGAUGAGACUGUGCAUGUGGUCAUUGCCACACCUGGUAGGAUCCUGGACUUGAUAAAGAAGGGAGUGGCAAAGGUGGAUAGAGUCCAGAUGAUGGUGAUGGAUGAGGCGGAUAAGCUGCUGUCUCAGGAUUUUGUGGUGCUCAUCGAGGAUAUCAUCAGCUUCCUGGCCAAGAACAGGCAGAUCCUGCUCUACUCUGCAACCUUCCCCAUCAGCGUGCAGAAGUUCAUGGCCAAGCACCUCCAGAAACCUUAUGAGAUAAACCUGAUGGAGGAACUGACUCUGAAGGGCAUUACUCAGUACUAUGCCUACGUCACAGAGAGGCAGAAAGUCCACUGCCUCAACACGCUGUUCUCCAGGCUUCAGAUCAACCAGUCGAUCAUCUUCUGUAACUCCACUCAGAGGGUGGAGCUCUUAGCCAAGAAGAUCACUCAGCUGGGCUACUCCUGCUUCUACAUCCAUGCAAAGAUGAUGCAGGAAUAUAGAAACCGUGUGUUCCACGACUUCAGAAAUGGACUGUGCAGAAACCUGGUCUGCACUGAUCUCUUCACCAGAGGUAUUGACAUACAGGCUGUCAACGUUGUCAUCAACUUCGACUUCCCGAAGAACGCUGAAACUUACCUCCAUCGUAUUGGAAGAUCAGGGAGAUUUGGUCACCUGGGCUUGGCCAUCAACCUGAUCACAUCAGAGGACCGCUUCAACCUGAAGGCCAUCGAAGACCAGCUGGUGACGGACAUCAAGCCCAUUCCCGGCAGCAUCGACAAGAGCCUCUAUGUGGCAGAGUUCCACUCAUCCGACGCAGACUGUGAUGUGGAGGAGGUUGAGGAGAAACCAGGACGCCAACAGGACAGCACCUAAAACAGGACAGCAGGACACACGGGGGCUUUUGCACAGACAUCAGCGCUUGCUUACAAGCUUCAGGCAACUCUUCAAUUUCACACUUCUCACCUGUUCUCAGUCUGUUGAAUGGAUGUAAAGGCUGUUUAUUUUUUGUUUUUAAGCAUUUCUUUAGUUUUUCCUCAAAGACAGCUGCCUCAUUGUUUUUAAUUAAUCGAGAAAAUUAAACUUCAUUGUUUUGCACCAAACUCCACGAUGAUGCAUCCUGUGUAUGAGUUUAGCGUAUUUUUGCUAAUGAGUAUCAAAGCUGUUUUGAACCCGUCACCCUCGGAGACAGUUUUAAUUGCCAGCAGCAAGGUUGAUCUCUUUUUAUUGUUACAAUGGUGCACUUAACACCAGCCAUCGUUCUGUCCACGUACACUGUUGUUGUCACUCAAGUGCCUUACUUACUCCCAUGUGUACUCAUCCAUUCAUAGCCUGCUGUUUCUGUCAUGCAGCAGAGUACGAGCACAAAUUAUAUGAAUUUAAUAGUAACCCAAGUUUAUUUAAACAUCCGUUAUGCAAGGGGAAAAGACGCACACUGUCCUGCUGAGAGGUGUGUGUGGAAACACGGCUCAAACAUCUUUUAAAAAAACAAACAAAAAAACAUCCUGAAUGUGAACGUUUAGUUUUAAUGUGAACGUUGCAAUAAAAAAAGGGCAGCUUUAUUUAAAUACUGCGUGACUGUUUUUCCCUUUCGCUAUGAAUAAUACAUAGGCAGAGUUAAUACAAGAAGAGAUACAAGUCCCCAUACUGAUUCAUGGAUGUUGACCUGCAACCACACAAACGGCAUGCGAAACGAAUAGCAGCCCCAUGCUGUUACAUUAUGGCUUUUGCUGGUUAGUUUUCCCACAGACAGCUGUCGUCUGGAGGUUCUUUUACAUAAAAUAUCAUCAUAUUGGGCUGGUGAAUACUGUAAACCUGUCGUCCACUGUAGCUGGUAAAUAAAUGGAAAAACUGGUUUCCUGUCCUGUACGCAUCUACGGCGCAGGACUAAUGCAUCAGAGACUGGUUCAGAACAGUUUUGAUUACUAAGGUGAUGCAAAAUUUGAGUAUCAAUACGUCCAAUGAUUAAAUGGUUUCUCUGGAAUUCGGUGCAAAACAAAAGUUAGAAUUUUCUGUCAUUGUCUUUUUCCCCUACUGCUUCACAUACAGUUGAAAUACAAGGUGGACUUAAUAACGGAGCAUUUUGCAAAACCUUUGGUAAAACAUUAUUUUUGAGCCCCAUCAUGGAAAAAGUUGGUGAAUGUAGUAGUUGCCAAUGUGUACUCUCGAUAGUCCAGUGGUUGAAUGCCAAGAUCUUAAGUAUAUUUGACAGUUGUCCUUUAAAUUGCUGCUGUUGCAUUAGAAACUGCUCUACAGGUUUUUAUGAAAGUGUAUACUGGAUAUGAAAUGGUUCCACGGGCCACAGAGCGAUGAAACCUGCUCAGUCUAUAAAGGCCCACGUUGAUCGGCAAUUGAACUACGACUAAAAUUAGAAGAAAGGGUCAAUUUUCUUUCUGCUGCAGCAGCUAUAUAUAUAUAUAUAUUUUUAAUUUUUUCUCCCCCACCACUAUGUUUUAAAAUUAUAAAAUGUGAGGAUUAUCUUUUGUGAGGGGUGGGCUCUGUGUUUGAAAGCAAAAUUGUAGCAUCUUUGAACAGGCAGCUGUGACUUCUUUUGUUUUUGUCCUCCCCUUUAAAGAGCGUCAGUAAUGAUAAAAAGAAAAGACAUAAAAAAGUAUUUUUGCUUUUUAAAAUUUAUUUUUGAUGCUUAAAGCAGUUUGAAGGGGGAGAGUGCUGUGAGGCUCUAGCACUGGGUUACCUCUGGAGGUUUUUUUCGGGGGGGUGGGUUUGCAGCAGCCAAGUGUUUUAUCAGAUGCUCUCUGGGCGUCUUGGAUUGUUCCUUCUCUCUGGUACUUAAAGCAAAGAAAGCUUUUGAUUUAAAUUUCUUUUUUUUCCUCUUCCCUUUUUAAAAGUACACAAAAUACCCUAGUUGGCUUCAUGUUUUAAGUGCCAGAGAAAGCAUUAAGUUAUACAGGAGAGAGUUUCUGGAAAGCGUUGAAGCACUGUGAUCUUCUUGAACCUGUUCCAUGUUUGUGUGACGGACGAUCAAAGUGCUAUGAUUUGUCUUCAGCAACUCAAUCCAUUUUCCACUAGGGCAAUCUUUAUACGAGGUGUUAUGAAUCAUUUUGAGGAAAAAAAAUUGUAAAUGAUUCAUUGUUUACACUAAUCGUUUACAAUUAUACAAAAAAAAGAAAAUACUUUGCUUCAUGGGUGGAGGAGGAGGAGGAGGUAGACUUUGUGUUUCCCUUUUUGUUUUCCUUGAAAUAGAUUUUCAAGAUUUACAUUGAAGCAAAACCAAAAAAGGAGAAUGUCGUAUGAGUGGCACACUUAAAUGAGAGGCAUUCAGGUGUGUGUGUGUGUGUGUGUGUGUUUGAGUGAGGAGAGGCAGGAUAUGUGUGGGACUGUUUGAACAAUGUGUGUGUGAGAGGUCAUGAGAUGUAUGUUUGUGACAGGCUGAGUUUUGUUAAUUGUUAGGUUUACAUGCAGCUUCAAUUAAACCUUAUCUGUGGGGGAAAAUAAUUGUCCCAUGAAGAGUUUGAGGCGGCAUGUAAGCAUAAUUGUUUUGUCUCUUUUUUGUUUCUGGGUGUUUUUGUGUGCAGCCUCGUCUUGUGUUUUUGUUGGCGGUGUAUCUUAAAUAUCAGUAUGAGUGUUUAAAAUGGUCAGGGAUGUGAUUUUUUUUUUUUUUUUUUUUUUUUUUUGCCUUUCCAUCUCCUGCUUCCUCCAGGAGUUCAAGUUUGUGGACAUAAAUCUCAUUUCUAAUGACAACUUUCCACUUUUCAGUUCUUUUUCUAUGUUUUGUAUCUCUGAUCACAUCCCUGACAGUUAUUCCAUGAUCUCCUUUGUGAUACAAAAAACAGCAGAGUACGCUGCGUCAGAUUUAUAGCUGAACCUAUAAGGUGUAGAAUUUUACAUGUUAUUUUGGAGGAGGUAACAUUUAAAAGUAUCUCUAGGCUGUUGGGACUAACUAAAUAAUGUCAUCCCAGACUUGUGCCCCUUUUUUUUAAAGAACAACUUCCCUCCAUUAAAACUUCAUUUUUGCAGCUCCAGCAAUCAGUUAUAAGAUUUUACUCGCCAAAGUAAUUGUGGAGAUCUCGGAACACACCAACGUCACUAAAAACAGCUGCAAGGUGGUGUUCUUGAAAGCUCAACUCUUAACUUUGGUAAGAACAGUUUCAUCAUACACAUUUGUUCAUUUAAGCUCUUCAACAUGAAUUUGUACAUUUUGUGUUGGAGUAAACGUUCAUUAGUGGUCACAAAGGAGGUUAUGGUGAAUGCAGGUAUGAAUGUUGUGUGAUGCGUUUGAUUUUUGUCAUUUGGUGUUGUCGAGACGUCUUUGUCUGUGUGAGCACUCUGGACUGUGGAGUCAGGAGAGCUGACGGGGGUGGGAGGGAUAUUUGUCAAACACUUGUUUGAAAAGGGUCAUUUAAAAAAAAAAAAAACAUUUGAAAAAGGGUGAGGAUUUGGGUAUAAAAUCGCAGCUUUGGGAUUCUACAAAUUCUAUAUUAAAUGUAAAAAGUCAACACUAGACUUAAAACUAGUAUUGCUGGCUGAACUGCCCCUAAUAUUUCUACUGUGCAUUGCUAAAUUGAAUUGAAUCCCUUAAUUUGUUACACUAAUGCAGACUCACCCACGCUUCAGGUGAUUUCACCCAAACUUAAUGAAGAACCCAGCAGAAUUUAUUGUAGUAAGCUGAGGGUUAAGUUACUGCAGGAUUUCCCUUGCAAUGUGGAUAUAAAACAGUGGUGUUAAGACUCUAAAUUGGCUCUCAAAUUCUUUCAUUUUAAAUGCAGCUGUGGAUAAAGUUGCAAUCGUAUUUGCUAUACAACAUGGAGGGGAAGGAGUGUUAAUACAUUUCGAUUCUAAAUUGGCUUGCAAAAAUGUUGGUUCAGUUGAUCCCUCAUACUUAAAAAUAUUGUUUUCAUUUCAUAAACAGUCAGUUUUUGAGUUGUUCAGUCUUCUUUGUACUCAUUGGUACCUUGGUGGCCCCGAUUCUUACAAAACAAUUUCCAGCCCCACGUUCAAGUGAGUUACACCACUUUGGACUUCAGUUGUAAAUUGACUCCAUGUUUAGGAUGUCUGUUCAUUUUCCUCCCUCACUGUCCCAUGAUUUCCUUUUUGUGCCAUGAGAACUCGGUAAUGAUUUUUGGGGGGGUACAGCAAAAAAAAAAUGUAAUUCUUGCAUUGUUCAUCUUUUUAAUGCUUUUGUUUGUUUUCUUUCCUUACGAAAUGCAUUGAGAGGCACAAGGGUUUUCAACGACUUGUGUUAAUCACUCUGUCCUCUACUGUUGUAACGUGGAAAUACAUGCAGGGGUUAUAAAAUUCAAUAAAUUGAACUUAAAUUUA